AUGGAUGUGCCACUGGGUUUAAGCCAGACGUUCAACGUCAAGAGAAACAGCCAAAGCAACCAAAGUAUUCCCAUGGCCUUGCGGACAAGCCAGACAUUCAACGUCAGAGAAAUUAACCGACUCGACCAAGGUAUGCCCGUGGUCCCGCGGACAAGCCAGGCGUUUAACGUCAAGGAAAUCAACCAUGCCAACCAAGCAGCAUCAGCAUCACAGAUUGCUUGCGAAGAUGCAAGCUUUGUGUUAGAUCAGACCCUUCCUGAGCAAGAGGAUUGGUCAUGGGACAAUCUCCCCGACAUCUUGUAUCAGCUCCAUCCCGUCGGGCCCAAGAGCAAGUCCAAGAUAGGAAUGAAAGCAUAUCCAAUCAAUGGAAAGUAUUUGAGAGAUAUUCCUGUUCUGCCUGACCAAAUCCCCACGGAUGUUGAGGAGUUUCGGGUGGAGGCUUGGAUCCGACUGGACCGCCGCAUUCGACUCGACGACAUCCUUGACAGAAUGCCAAGGGGUCACAGUGUUAAACCCAACGCCCUCCAGCAGAGAGGCGGCCGAUUCCGUCAGGCGUUUUUCCUGUGUGCCUGGGACUCCGGAAACAAGAAGAGCAUUGAACUAGGUGCUGAAAUCGAGCAGAAGUUGGUUGCUAAAGGCAUCAGCCUUGGCCUGAACACCACUCGUGGGAUCACUCCCGGCUUGAUCAACCCAGUUCUAGGAGAAGCUGGCGGCAGAAUUCCCCUUCCCGCAUUGUACCAAGGCAAGAAGCUGGCAAAGAAAAUCCCAAAAUACUCGCAAAGGAACAAAUCGGACAUCCGUAGGACUGGAGUCCCAGUCUCAACAGCUACCAACACCAAGCAAGCUCCUGAGCUCGUUCUGAAGGAGCAUACAUGGAUCGAGCCUUUAUGCCAUCCGUAUGAUACCGAGUUAGAUAUCAAAGAUGACUUUCAGUGGAACCAGACGGAUGAUUACUUCGCAUCUUUUGGAAUGCCGCUCUUUGAAGAAGAGAAGAUCGCGCUGCGUGCCAGAUGGGCACCACUUUCAGAUGGCAGUAAUUUGACUGCAGAUGCGCAGGUCUCGAGCAUCGUCGACAUUGAGGACUGGGCUCUGGGUUUGCAAUCAUUUGACUUCGAGUCAAAGGCUCAGCCUACAGAUAGCCUCUUUGACAGGAUCAUGCAGGACUAUCACGACCGUGAGCCGUGGCGCCUGAGUACAUUGUACCGGGAAAUGGGCGAUGGAGAGUUUGACAUCUGA